AUGGGUUCGGUUGAGCGUUGGCUGGGAUUGAGGUCUGAGCUUGAGGGUUUGGGUGUGGAGUUACUUGUGGUGACUAAAAAUUGUACUGUAGACGCCAUAGGACAACUGUUUAAAAUGGGCCAGUUGGACUUUGGUGAGAGUCGUGUGCGGGAGUUGUGUGAGAAGGCUGCGCAGUUGGAUUCCACAGUUAAAUGGCACUUUAUCGGCCACUUGCAAACCAACAAAUGCGCCAAACUACUCCAAAUCCCCAAUCUACACAUGAUACAAUCGGUGGAUUCUAUGGAAUUAUUCAACAAGUUGUCACAACUGACAACAAAAUUGAACAGACAAAUCAAUGUGUUAAUCCAGGUAAACACAACACUAAAACCCACGCAGUACGGCAUAGACUAUAGAAAUAUUACAUUAAUUAUAUCAUUGGUACGCUCUGUAAUGCGGUCUGAGAGGGUGAAAUUCCGGGGGUUAAUGACAAUUGGUGAUGGUACCAAGGACAGUUUUCACCGUUUAAACGGGGUAAAAAAGAGAUUAGAGGAGGAGUUUGGAGAGUUGGGGGAAUUUGUAAUGAGCAUGGGAAUGUCAAGUGAUUACAAAUUAGCAAUACAAAUGGGAUCCAACCAUAUUAGAAUAGGCACUCUCAUCUUUAACUCUUAA